UUCAUUGCGAAAGAUUGUAUCGAGUAUCUUACGUCCAGAAAACAGUUUUCGGAGGACGUGCUGAAUAAGUACGAAAUUGGUACAAUCGUAUAGGAAUCAGUAUAGUAAUACUAAAUUCGAGAUAUUUAGUACGCGUACAUGAAAAUUGUUAGCAAUUUAUAUAAAAAGUUCGAGUUAAAUCAAACAUAAAUUAAGGGUAAUAAAAGAAGCUAUUUGCGGAGACAAACAAAAGGACAAAGGAUAUUAAAUACAAUUUUAGCAAACAAAGGAAAACAACGCAUUAAAACUAACAAUAAACUAAUCAUCAGCAGUCUUUCAGUAGCUAAGAAAGGAAUAACACAUCACUCUGAGGGCUCGCUCCAUUUCAUUAAAAAAAGGAAACAAGCACUUUUUUAGUCGGACGAUAGAAAAUGAAUAAACGCAAUAAUAUUCGUUUGCCUCCUGAAGUGAAUCGGCUAUUAUAUGUGCGCAAUUUACCUUAUAAGAUCACAUCUGAUGAAAUGUACGAUAUAUUUGGAAAAUUCGGUGCAAUCAGACAAAUAAGGGUUGGCAAUACACCGGAGACACGUGGUACAGCCUUUGUUGUCUACGAAGAUAUCUUUGACGCGAAAAAUGCUUGUGACCACUUAUCUGGUUUUAAUGUUUGCAAUCGGUAUUUGGUUGUCUUGUACUACCAAUCAAAUAAAGCCUUCAAGCGCUUGGAUAUUGACAAAAAGCAGGAAGAAUUAAAUAAUAUUAAAUCCAAGUACAACCUAAAAACACCAGAAGCCCCCUAAGUCUGUUUGGCGAUCGCUUUUGGAACUUUUCAACCACAGACUUCGCUGUACAUUUUGGCUCUUUUUUCUAUUACCAUUUCCAAUUUCUGAAUUUUGUUAUAUUUCCUUGAUUUGCGAAUAUAUUUAAUUUUUUUCUUAUAAAGUAUACGAGUUCGUAUACUUGCAUUUUUCUCAUCCUGUGAUCAUCAUCAUAAUGCUUGUUAUACUGGCUUUCAUCUCUCAACAUACUAUUCCUUUUUCAUUAUCAUUGUC